CCAAGCAAGAGAGCAAACAAUUUUUGAGGAUAACACCCUCAACGUGGGAUCACCAUGAGAACACACCUGCGAACAAGCAAACAGUGACAAGGCUGGUAUUGUUUAUACUUUUAAGUGAAUAUACUACAGUACAGUGCUCAGGUACAGCGCGCGCACAACACGCACGCACGCACGCACGCACGCACGCACGCACGCACGCACACACACACCCACACACACGGUUCAGGUGCAAAUCAAAACAAUUGCAACACAAUGCGAUGCAGGCUUAACAAGUGGGUGGCCAUGUAACAAUUGGUAGGCUUUAACUUGGAUUGGCAUCAUAACUGGAUAGAAAAUCAAUUCAACACGCUAUAGACAGUUACUAUAAAUUAUGUGCAACAUGUCAUGCCUGUUCCGGUCUGCAUUUUCCCAUAAACACUUUGGCGCAUGCAGUUGUUAGCUUAUUUGGCAGCACUUAGUAAGGGAAUUUUGAGUAAAGUACACUGCACUCAGUUGAUAUGGUGAUCCCCAAUGGAGCAUAGCUAGACUAUAAAAAUAGAUAUGGACGAAUGAAUGCACCACACAUCGUUGACAUGGUGACCUCUAAUGGAGCAUAGUGUAGACACGGUCAAACGAAUGCGCCAUGCACACAUCGUUGACAUGGUGACCUCCAAUGGAGCGUAGUGUAGAUCUACGGUCGAAUGAAUGCACUACAUGCACAUUGUGUUGACAGAGAAUAUGCCUGUAUGCAUGGAUAUCACCACUGAAUGUAUAAUUAUAGAGGGUUAAUUAAGCAAACAGUAUGUUAAUUGAUUUAUAUAGCAACAUAAUCAUACCUUUCACAGGCGCGUAACAAUGCGGGGUAUAACAUACCACCGUGGUCUGCAAAUCGAGUGAGCUAAAUAAGUUUACAAAUCAAAUAUAAACCAGUCACAAUGCUCACCGGGUUUCGAAUGCACACUUAAUUGCAAAUGACAUUGUACUUGCCCUAUUGCGACUUGUGCGUAUAUGCUCACUCUUAGCGUGUCUUUCGUUUGCGAUGUAGAGUUAUGCGAAAACUCCUAAAGUGCUAAAUCCCCGGCGGUAGUAUAAUUAUUAUAAUGUCUCACAACCAUGCAGAGUUUUGAUUAUGAACAUGGGCUAAGCAGCAACUAACAUGCAGGGGCAAUGAAACGGACGUAUUAGAACGCUAUGACCAUUUAGGCUUUGAAAACGGCAUGGUCAGACAUGUACAGGGACUGCAUGGGAUCACAGCUGAGUCAGCAAAGAAGCCUGGAGUGUUUCUAUGAAAACAAAUGAACAGCUGUUAUAUCGUCUGACAAUCCAAGAGCAAGGUCGUGAGAAGGACAUUAUAGGAAAAGAGCUAGAGUAUAUGCCCGCAUGUAUAUACAUGCAUUGGUGCUAUGGAGAUAGCAAGGGCCAUUGAGUAAAGUGCCACCGAUUCAAGAUGUAUAUACAGUAGAACCUCGAUUAUCCGGACACCUUGGUUCCAGAAGCAGGCCGGAUAAGUGAAUAUGCCGGAUAAUCGAAUAGAUAAACCACGCCUUGAUCCACCCACUUUAUUGAUGAACAGCAGUGCCACAUGAUUGUCUGCGCAUGCGCAAAAGAAAAGCAGGCAUGUCUCCAUGGUAACAGCUGCAACGCGCAUGCGCAUUUGAGGGACACGCCCAUUUUCUGAAUUAUGUAAUCUGAUUAAAAAGAAAACUGCCAAGCUGGAUAAUCGAGGUUCCGGAUAAUCGAGGGCCGGAUAAUCGAGGUUCUACUGUACCGUAUAUAUAAGAUGAUUAAUGGGUCAUCACAUGAAUGCACAUGCACGCUUCAACAUGCGUACCCGACUAGUAUAAAAGCAAACACUUGUUUGAGCUCUGCAGUUGCUGUUAUCCAUGCAAGACAACUACCAUGACGUACACUUCAAAACACCUUCUGGCUGCUUGUUUGAUACUGGCUCUACCUGCUGCAUUGAUUGCCAGGCCAACAGUUUCAUAACGGGACCAGCUGAUCAAGCAGCUUUUAAACAAUAUCCAAGCAAGAGAGCAAACCGUUAAUGAGAACAAAUUAAUAACUUCAAAAAUCCAAUUGGAACAGCUGUUACAUCGUCUGACAAGCCAAGAGCAAGGUCGUGAGAAGGACAUUAUAGGAAAAGAGUUGGAGGACGAAGACAUGGCAAUGGCUGAUACUUAUGAUGCAGGGCUUUUUGAGGGAGACAUUGCUCUGACUGUGGAGGACAUAGCUGAGAUGAAUGACCUUGAUAUGGAUGUUGAAACCCAGAAAAUCUACAGCAAAGGAACAUUAUGGCCAGAGGGAAAAGUUUACUAUUCUUUCGAUGAUGGUUUCCCAGAAUUCGGUAAAGUACCCGUUCUAGAAGCAAUGGCAGACUACGAGAACAGCACAUGUUUGACAUUCCAUGAAACAACUGAGGGUCAACGUUUAAAUAUCACCCACAGAGGUAGGGGCUGUUGGUCAUUCAUAGGAAGACUCAAGAAAGUGCAAGACUUCAGUCUCGGAUAUGGAUGUCGCAAAAAAGGAACAGCUCUGCACGAACUAGGUCAUGCAAUCGGAUUCUUCCAUGAGCAAAACAGACCAGAUCGAGAUCGUGCUGUUAUUAUUCACCGUGAUAAUAUUAGAGAAAAUAAAAUAGGCAACUUUAAUUUGAAAAAGCAUACUAAUUAUCAAGGUGAGCCGUACGCAUUUAAUUCGAUUAUGCACUACGGUAUUUAUUAUUUUGGGAUCACCGAUGAUCCUACAAUAUCCGUUAAAAACUGGGAACUUUAUGAAGAACAAGGUAGACCCAAACUCGGAUCUAGACUGAAACUCAGUGACGUUGACAUUAGACAGAUCAACAAGGCAUACGGCUGUUAUGAGCCAGAAAGUACAACGGGGUCUCUUCAUGUCAAAGUACUGCAAGCUGGCCCUUUCCAAGAUCCUGCCCACUAUUACGUUUGCGUACUUGCCCGAGAUUCAAAACACAAUGAAGUAUCGAAAUGCAACAAAAACGAUCUUAUGUCUACCACAGAUCCAGAAUGGGACACGAAGUUUGUAUUUGAACCAGUCAACCCCGAAACAAAAUUCUAUUCUUUCGAUAUUACAAUCAAAAAGGGAAAAGGAAAGCUUAUUCUACCAAGUCAAACGAUUUGGGUGGAGUCAAAAGAGCGUUCGGGCAAGUACUACACAAACAAAGAGCAGAAUGUUCUUUAUCAAUACACAAUCGAGUAAAGAACAAUAAAAGGUGGCAUGGACAAAUUCUUAGAGAGCUUUAGAAUUGGUAAACAGAGAACAAUAUAACUAGUAUCAUACUUUUGAGAAUAGAUAGCUAGGACGUAUGCCCCCAAAAUGUGUGGUAUACUGAUGUAAAAUAUACUGUCGUCAAUACAAAACCGUUACAAUAUCUAAUACCGUAUAUCUGGUUAUU